GUGAUAAGAUAUUAAUCGACAUUGGUGGCCACGGAACUCGAGAUCAUAUAUGAAGAUACCGAUGGAUGCUCAGAAAUGGGAAGAACAAAUUUGACCAUAGAAUUGAAGUAAUAGAUUAUCUACACAGACGGUUAAUAUGAGUACACCUCAUGAACAGACUGAUGUUCCACCAGGCACCUUUCUUCUUAUUCGAGAGGAUGACUUGUACGAAACACAAGGCAGACGCGGGGUCAUGUUGGACCCGGUCCCAUCGAAAGAUCCAAACGAGCCGUUGAACUGGAGUACUAUGCGGAAGGCAUGCAAUUUUACUCUCGUACUUGCAGUAACAUGUCUGAUUUUUACUGCGCUCUCAAUUCAAUCCAUAUUUUGGCAAUUGAUGGUGAUCGAUCUGGGCGUGACGUAUACCCAGCUCAAUCGAGCCAUGAGUGUUAACUAUGUUGGUUUGGCCAUGGGCUGUGUUUUCUUCGUUCCUCUGGCGAAGAAGUAUGGCAGACGACCGAUAUACUUGAUAUCCACCGCUAUUAUGCUGGCGACAUCAUUUUGGUCAGCAGGGAUUCAUAGUCUGAGUGAGCUUUAUAUCACCAAUUUACUUCAGGGAUUGGCUGGAGCAACAAACGAGUCCAUUGUUCAGAUCACGAUUGCCGAUCUAUUUUUCGUCCAUCACCGAGGUGGCAUGAACGGUCUGUACAUGACUAUGGUCAUGAUUGGGACCUUCCUCACUCCAAUGGCUGCUGGAACUCAAGCGACCCGACAGAGCUGGCGCUGGUCCUACCGUACCCUGGGAAUUGCGAAUGCAGUCAUUUUUGCCCUCUUCUUAGUCUUUUACGAAGAGACCAAAUAUACCAAGGUAGUUGAAGGUGAAGCAGCUGAUGAACCGGAAAGUAGUAAUCCGAAUGCCGGAACCGAUGACUCUAAAGACGACAGCAAAAAUGAUCUGAAAGCUCCGGAGUGCACCGUUGAAGCCAGCGCAGAGUAUCACGAAAUUGAUCACAAUAUUCCGAUGAAACCGUUGAGGGAGAGACUGGCAUUUAUCACAUAUACUCCGGGGUCGGUCUGGCCGUCAUAUUAUCGACCAUUCAUUAUUCUUUUCACUUUCCCUGCUGUCCUAUUUUCGGCGUUGCAAUACGCUGCUGGUGUUGUUUGGCUGACCAUCCUAUCAAAUGUUUUGGCAUUGGUACUUCCUUUGCCCCCAUAUAGCUUCACAUCUGAGCAGGUUGGGUACAUGAGUGUUGGACCUUUUAUUGGCAACUUGCUUGGGUCAAUCUAUGGUGGGUAUAUUGGUGAUCGAUCGAUUCUCAACUACGCCCGCCGCAAUAAGGGAUUCUAUGAGCCAGAGAUGCGUCUGUACAUUCUUCAUCUUCCUGCAUUGACCAUGUGUGGAGGUAUAAUAAUGUUUGGCGUGACUCUCUCCAAGGGAAUGCAUUGGAUAUUACCCAGCAUCGGUGGUGCUCUCUUUGGAUUCGGGCUGGGUGGUAUCAGCGAUGCUGCACUGACACUUGUAAUUGACAGCUAUAGAGACAUAACCGGCGACGCAUUCACAGGGGUGGCCUUUCUUCGCAACGCCUUUAGUAUUGGCAUUCCGUUUGCCAUAUCUCCAUGGAUGCAGCGAAAUGGACUGGCUAACAUGUUUAUCACGUGUGGAUUCAUGAGUUUGGGUGUUACUGGGCUUAUGAUCCCGAUGAUUUUGUUUGGGAAGAGGAUGAGAGCGCGGUUGGCGACUCGUUAUGCUAUUAUGGCUGCGAAGGGAAUGGAUGGUUGAUCAAUCUCACCAAGGCUAUAUGCAUGAAUUCUAUGCUAUCUGUAUGAUGUUAUGAGAGGGUUGACUGGUUAGAAGGGUUAUGCUUAUAUGUUAUUU